GCAGAAGGUCGCAGAGAGCCGCAGCUUCCAUCGCUCCGCUCCGUGUUACCAUGAAGAGGCAAAACGCCCGGACUCUGGUCCUGAUCGUCAGCAUCCUCACCUACCUGGUGGUCGGAGCCGCCGUGUUCGAGACGCUGGAGUCCAAGCAGGAGAAGAGCCACAAGAGGAAGCUCGACGCCAGAAAGUACGAACUCAUGCGCAAAUACAACUUGACCAAAGAGAACUUCGAGGAGCUGGAGCACGUCGUCCUGCAGCUCAAACCGCACAAAGCCGGUGUCCAGUGGAAGUUCGCGGGCUCCUUCUACUUCGCCAUCACUGUGAUCACGACUAUAGGUUACGGCCAUGCGGCGCCGAGCACCGACUCAGGGAAAGUGUUCUGCAUGUUCUACGCCCUCCUGGGGAUCCCGCUCACCCUGGUCAUGUUCCAGAGCCUGGGCGAGCGGAUCAACACCUUCGUCAGAUACCUGCUGCACCAAGCCAAGAAGUGCCUGGGGAUGCGUCACACCGAGGUGUCCAUGGCCAACAUGGUGACGGUGGGCUUCUUCUCCUGCCUCAGCACCCUGUGCGUGGGGGCCGUGGCCUUCUCCCACUGCGAGGGCUGGAGCUUCCUGCACGCCUUCUACUACUGCUUCAUCACGCUCACCACCAUCGGCUUCGGCGACUACGUGGCGCUGCAGAGGGACGACGCCCUGCAGAACGACCCUCGCUACGUGGCUUUCUGCUUCGUCUACAUCCUCAUGGGCCUGACGGUGAUCGGGGCCUUCCUCAACCUGGUGGUGCUUCGCUUCCUGACCAUGAACGCCGAGGACGAGCGCCGGGACGCCAAGCAGAAGGCCCUGCUGUCGGCCGGGAAGCCCAGAGGAGAGGUGGCUCGCCUCUUACCGGUCUCAACCUCCUCCACGCCCAUAGUGGACGACUCGACCAAACCUAAAGAUCUGAAAGGCGUCUACACUGAGGUGCUGCACUUCCAGACAAUAUGCUCUUGCUUGUGGUACCGCAGCAAGGAGAAGCUGCAGGGCUCCACCAUGAUCCCUCAGGAGCUGACGUUCUCCGAUGCCUACCUGCAGCAGAACAGUCCUCACUACAUGGAGCCCGGGUCGAGCGGCUGCGUUUGCAGUCCGCGGCAGUGCACGAGCAUCAGCUCCAUAACGACGGGCCUCCACAUCCUCUCCCCGUUCAGCUUGUUUAAGAGACGCAGCUCCGUCUAGCCUUUUUUUUUUUUUUUUUUCAGCUCAGCGCACUUCAGACGUCUAAACUGCCAAGUGGACAACAGAUACUUGGCAGUCGUCUCGGCAAAGACACGACUGCAAGUAGAUGUUUGUGGUGCUACAAAUCCCAGUAAUCCAACGGUAGGCGAUAAUGCGCAAAAAAAGGGAGAAAAAAAGCACAUGCAGUACUGUAAACUGUAAUCUUACUUGGAUAUGUGUGUUUGAGAGAGAUAAGAUGUUUUUACUUUAUUCUUCUGUCUGCUCUGAGGCGUCACACAGGAAGUCACCUGAGGAGCUACACAGUAAAAUAUCAAGAAAAACAACUGAAA